CAGAAGCUUCAUUACCUGCCGCACCCUAUUUCUUUUUAGGACAAAUCAUUGUACAAAAUCCCAAAUAACUCACAUUUCGCUUAGUCUUAGUUUUAUGAUGGUAUUACAUAAGGAAUGUAAAGCCCCUCUGAUUUUCUUUUCAAUUUUCUCUGGUCAAUAAUUUUCCAAACCAAGCAGAAACUCAUGAUGAAGCUGUGGAACAGAAAGAAAACCCAUUUUCCUCUACUGGUCUUCGUCUUCUCUCUGUUCUUGGUUUUUUCAAUUCUCCACAAUGAACGCAGCAUUUUGGAAAUUCAAGACAACCCAGAUCGUGCUCCUCGCCAUCAAAUUCCAGUCACUUAUGUAAAGCCGAAUCGUCUCACCCAUCAAAACCAUGCUCCAGAGGUGUUGGAUAGAUUCAGUACAUGCAACUCCACCAGAGAGUACAGUGGGAGGAAAAUAGCGUGGAGUGGUCAUCUUAAGCCGGAGUACGGUGGCCGGAGGGAGAGUUUGGAGAGCUGUGACUUGUUUUCCGGCAAAUGGGUGUUAGAUAAUUCUUCGUAUCCACUGUACAAUGAGGCCGAGUGCCCUUACAUGUCGGACCAGUUGGCCUGCCACAAACAUGGAAGGUCUGAUUUGGAUUAUCAGUAUUGGAGAUGGCAACCCCAUAAUUGCAACUUGAAGAGAUGGAAUGUGAUUGACAUGUGGGAGAAGUUGAGGGGCAAAAGGUUGAUGUUUGUAGGGGAUUCAUUAAACAGAGGUCAGUGGAUAUCAAUGGUCUGCUUGUUGCAAUCAGUGAUUCCAGCGGAUAAGAGAUCCAUGUCACCGAAUGCCGCCCUUACCAUUUUCCGAGCCGAGGAAUAUAAUGCUACUGUGGAGUUUCUUUGGGCCCCUCUUCUAGUAGAAUCUAAUUCUGAUGACCCAGUGAAUCACAGGUUGGAUGAUCGAAUAAUCCGUCCAGAUUCAGUUCUUAAACAUGCAUCAAUAUGGGAGAAUGCAGACAUAUUGAUUUUCAAUUCCUACCUGUGGUGGAGACAAGGCCCGGUUAAGCUUUUAUGGAGCACUGAAGCAAAUGCUGUGUGUGAAGAAUUAGAUGGUAUAGGAGCCAUGGAAUUGGCCAUGGGCGCUUGGGCAGACUGGGCUUCUAAAGUUGAUCCCCUCAAGAAGCGGGUCUUCUUUGUCACAAUGUCUCCUACACAUCUCUGGAGUCAAGAGUGGAAGCCAGGAGAUGAAGGUAAUUGUUACAAUGAGAAAUCCCCCAUUGAGUUGGAGGGCUACUGGGGAAGUGGCUCUGAUCUCCCUACUAUGAGCAUGGUGGACAAUGUCCUCAGUAAGUUGAGUUCAAAGGUUUCAGUUCUCAACAUUACUCAACUGUCAGAGUACCGGAAAGAUGGUCAUCCUUCCAUCUACCGGAAAUUUUGGGAGGCACUAAAGCCUGAACAGUUGUCUAACCCAGCGAGUUACUCUGAUUGCAUACACUGGUGCUUGCCUGGUGUACCUGAUGUUUGGAACGAGUUGCUUUACCAUUUUUUGUAAACAAAUGCACAGUCGUUAAGGCCUCCUUAAUGGUUUCACGCAACAGUUUGCCUUGUUUGCGCAAAAUCAUUAGGGUCAUUAUUUACAUGAUUCGAUUCUUAGGAAUAUAGAGGUGUUCAGCUAUAGUGGAUCCAUGUAUAAAUAGUGGGAAGUGUGAGCGUCUUUUUUGGUCUUUUCCUUCAAUUAGGAGCGUCCGUUUUGUUAUUUUUGUAUAUGAAACACGGGAUGGGACUUUGCCCAAAUCGAACAAUUUCAAGAUGGUAUGCCUAAGAUACACCCAAUUAAUAUGA